CAGUUUUCCAUAUUUCUCUCUCUCUCUCUCUCUCUCUUACUCACAGUAGCUUUCUGCUAUCACAAUAGCUUUCUGCUAUGGGUAUGGAGAUGGAGAACUCUUGUGUGGAGCUUUCAAAUGUUGCAGUUUCUGAAACUCAUGGGGAAGAUUCCCCUUAUUUUGCAGGGUGGAAAGCCUAUGAUGAGAACCCCUAUGAUGAAUCAACCAAUCCUUCAGGAGUUAUACAAAUGGGGUUAGCAGAAAAUCAAGUUUCAUUUGAUUUGAUUGAGAAGUACUUGGAAGCACACUCAGAGGCUUCAACAUGGGGAAAAGGAGCUUCUGGCUUCAGAGAAAAUGCUUUGUUUCAAGACUACCAUGGACUCAAAACCUUCAGAACAGCAAUGGCAAGCUUCAUGGAACAAGUGAGAGGAGGAAGAGCAAAAUUUGACCCUCAAAGAGUGGUCCUCACUGCAGGUGCAACUGCAGCCAAUGAACUCUUAACCUUCAUCCUCGCAAACCCAGGAGAUGCUUUACUCGUUCCUACCCCAUACUAUCCUGGAUUUGAUAGAGAUUUAAGGUGGAGAACUGGGGUGAAUAUAGUUCCAAUCCACUGUGACAACUCCAACAAUUUCCAGAUUACUCCUGAAGCCUUAGAAGCUGCAUUCAAAGAUGCAGAAUCCAUGAACUACAAAGUGAGGGGAGUGUUAAUCACAAACCCUUCAAACCCCUUAGGAGUAACAAUCCCACGUUCAGUUCUUGAGGAGAUUCUGGACUUCGUGAUUCGCAAAAACAUCCAUCUUGUAUCAGAUGAAAUCUACUCCGGCUCGGUGUUUUCUUCCUCUGAGUUCACAAGCGUGGCAGAAAUCCUGGAGGGUCGCCAAUACAAAAACGCAGAGAGAGUUCACAUUGUUUAUAGCCUCUCCAAGGACCUUGGACUUCCCGGUUUCAGAGUCGGCACCAUUUACUCGUACAACGACAGGGUUGUGACCACAGCGAGGAGAAUGUCCAGCUUCACCUUAAUAUCUUCUCAGACACAGCACUUGUUGGCUUCUAUGUUGUCGGACAAGAACUUCACCCAGAACUACAUUAAAACCAACAGAGAGAGGCUGAGGAAGAGGUACGAGAUGAUCAUCGAAGGGUUGAGAAGUGCGGGGAUCGAGUGCUUGAAGGGGAACGCAGGGUUGUUUUGCUGGAUGAAUAUGAGUCCACUCUUGGAGAAACCAACACGGGAAGGUGAAUUGGAACUGUGGAAUGCAAUUAUGCAUGAAGUGAAGCUCAAUAUCUCACCAGGCUCUUCUUGCCAUUGUUCUGAACCAGGUUGGUUCAGAGUGUGCUUCGCAAACAUGACCGAGAAAACCCUGGAAAUUGCACUGCAAAGAAUACGACACUUCGUGGAACGAAUAACGACACAAAAACAUGUUUAAUCUCCACAUAAAAUAAUCAGUUUAUUUAUUGUCUUAUCUCUGUUACUAUUAGUUUUUUCCUUUUACCUUUCUUUUUUUCAAAUGGCUUACAUGGCCAUUUUGAUAAAUUCUUUAUUCGGGAAAGAAGAAGAACCCGAAAGUCACGAUCUCAGAAAAGCUUGUUUGCUUGCUUAAUUUACUUGAGCAAGUUCCUUAGAAGUACCCUAUUGUAUCACCAUCAUUACCAAAGUGAAUUAAUUACCAAUA